AGGACUUCCGGACCCAUUUGCUAAGGUGGUGGUUGAUGGAUCUGGACAGUGCCAUUCUACAGAUACUGUGAAGAAUACACUCGAUCCAAAGUGGAAUCAGCAUUAUGACCUGCAGUGAAGUGAAAUCUGCAAGAGUCCUGCUCGCUCAAGGCCUGCAUACAGGAAAGAAGCAGGGGAAAAGCGUUACAGUCAGCUUUUUGUUCUACAGCAUUUUAAAACAUAACAGGUAUAUUGGAAAGUCUGAUUCAGUUACUAUCAGUGUCUGGAAUCACAAGAAGAUCCAUAAAAAACAAGGUGCUGGAUUUCUUGGUUGUGUUCGUCUUCUUUCCAAUGCCAUCAACCGCCUCAAAGACACUGGUUAUCAGAGGUUGGAUCUCUGCAAACUUGGGCCAAAUGACAAUGAUACAGUUAGAGGACAGAUAGUAGUAAGUCUUCAGUCCAGAGAUCAGAUAGGCACAGGAGGACAAGUUGUGGACUGCAGUCGUUUGUUUGAUAAUGAUUUACCAGACGGCUGGGAAGAAAGGAGAACUGCCUCUGGAAGAAUCCAGUAUCUAAACCACAUAACAAGAACUACACAAUGGGAACGCCCAACACGACCGGCAUCUGAAUAUUCAAGUCCUGGCAGACCUCUUAGCUGCUUUGUUGAUGAGAACACUCCAAUUAGUGGAACAAAUGGUGCAACGUGUGGACAAUCUUCAGAUCCCAGACUGGCAGAGAGGAGAGUCAGGUCACAGCGACAUAGAAAUUACAUGAGCAGGACACAUUUACAUACUCCUCCAGACCUACCAGAAGGCUAUGAACAGAGGACAACACAACAAGGUCAGGUGUAUUUCUUACAUACCCAGACUGGUGUGAGCACAUGGCAUGAUCCAAGAGUACCUAGGGAUCUUAGCAACAUCAAUUGUGAAGAGCUUGGUCCAUUGCCUCCUGGAUGGGAGAUUCGUAAUACAGCAACAGGCAGAGUUUAUUUUGUUGACCAUAACAACAGAACAACACAAUUUACAGAUCCUCGACUCUCUGCUAACUUGCAUUUAGUUUUAAAUCGGCAGAACCAACUGAAAGACCAACAGCAACAGCAGGUGGUGUUGUUAUGCCCUGAUGACACAGAGUGUCUGACAGUUCCACGGUACAAGCGAGACCUGGUUCAGAAAUUGAAAAUUUUGCGGCAAGAACUUUCCCAACAACAGCCUCAGGCUGGCCAUUGCCGUAUUGAGGUUUCCAGGGAAGAGAUUUUUGAGGAGUCAUAUCGACAGGUCAUGAAAAUGAGACCAAAAGAUCUCUGGAAGCGAUUAAUGAUAAAAUUUCGUGGAGAAGAAGGUCUGGACUAUGGAGGGGUUGCCAGGGAGUGGUUAUAUCUCUUGUCACAUGAAAUGUUGAAUCCAUACUAUGGCCUCUUCCAGUAUUCAAGAGAUGAUAUCUAUACAUUGCAGAUUAAUCCUGAUUCUGCAGUCAACCCGGAACACUUAUCGUAUUUCCACUUUGUUGGACGAAUAAUGGGAAUGGCUGUGUUUCAUGGACAUUAUAUUGAUGGUGGUUUCACAUUGCCAUUUUAUAAACAGUUGCUUGGGAAGUCAAUUACUUUGGAUGACAUGGAGUUAGUUGAUCCAGAUCUUCAUAACAGUUUAGUGUGGAUACUUGAGAAUGAUAUUACAGGUGUUUUGGACCAUACCUUUUGUGUCGAACAUAAUGCGUAUGGGGAAAUUAUUCAGCAUGAACUUAAACCAAAUGGCAAGAGUAUCCCUGUUACUGAAGAAAAUAAAAAGGAAUAUGUCAGGCUCUAUGUGAACUGGAGGUUUUUACGAGGCAUCGAGGCACAAUUCCUGGCUCUGCAGAAAGGAUUUAAUGAAGUAAUUCCACAGCAUCUGCUGAAGACAUUUGAUGAGAAGGAGUUAGAGCUCAUUAUUUGUGGACUUGGAAAGAUAGAUGUUAAUGACUGGAAGGUAAAUACCCGGUUAAAACACUGUACACCAGACAGCAAUGUUGUCAAGUGGUUCUGGAAAGCUGUGGAGUUUUUUGAUGAAGAGCGACGAGCACGGUUACUUCAGUUUGUGACAGGAUCAUCUAGAGUGCCUCUGCAGGGCUUCAAAGCCUUACAAGGUGCGGCAGGCCCACGACUCUUUACCAUCCACCAGAUUGAUGCCUGCACUAACAACCUGCCCAAAGCCCACACGUGUUUCAAUCGAAUAGACAUUCCGCCCUAUGAAAGCUAUGAAAAGUUAUAUGAAAAGCUGCUAACAGCCAUCGAAGAAACAUGUGGAUUUGCUGUGGAAUGACAGACUUCAAGGAUUUAUACAGGACUAUAUUUAUACCUGACAGCCUCCUUUCAGCAGAGUUUUAAGGAAUGCUGAAAUACAGGAAAAUCCCCCCCCCCCCUUUUUUUAAAUUUUAGGACACUGUGAGGGGAAAGGACAAUUUUGAAAUUCCUUUUCAAGGAAAAAAAGAGGUCUUUAUGUUUUGCCAUGAGGCCGCAUUCAGCUGCUAUUUAAAAUUAAUAUCUUGAACCUAAAGAAUGCUGACUUUUCCUACAUUUCCAGAGUUAGGCAGUAUUCUACACUUAAAGACUACUACUAUUUUUAUAAAAGGGUAACCUAUUCAAAUCGCUUCACAGAUUUCAAGUUUCUCAAACAUCAAGACAACUUCAGCAGUCGGUACAAGUCACAUUUCAUUUUGAUUGAAUACAUGAUUUUGAACAGCUCCUGUACUUGCUCUUUGUAAAACAAUGAAAUAAAAUUAUUUUGAAUUAUUCUACCUUUGUAAACA